GUUCUCUCCAACUUAACUUGGAUUCUUCAUUCACGCACCCAAGCCACUUCAACCACCACUCACCACAAUUCACUCCUUGACCAUUUCGACUCGAUUUCUUGCCAUUCGACACACAAACUUGCAUCAAAGAUCAACCAAUAUUUUUUUCCAACUUUACACAACACAUCGAUCGAUUCGACUUCAAAUUUCAAAUUUCACGGCGGUUGCCCCUAGCAGCAGAGCAGAGUAGAGCACAAGUGCAAGCGUAGAAGCAUCAUGUCUUCGCCGUGGAAGAAGCAGCCAGAAGAUGUCGUCGACAGUGUGCUGAAGCGUGCAGAAGUGAGCAAAAUUGCACGACGUUUGCAAAACCGCCUCGCCCUCGCAAAAUUCAAGACCAAGCAUGGCUGGGAAGACCUCACACUCGACUCCAUCGAGCCAAAAGUCGAAGAGGAGAUGCGAAGGAAACGUUUGACCGAGCCUACAGAUGUCCUCUCCGACUCGUCAUCAAGCGCAUCCGAUCUCCCAUAUCCGUCCCGAGCACUCAUGAGCUCUCCCCUCAAAGCGCCCCUGUUCUCCGAUGCGGUAGGCUCCAGCAACGGCAGCACGGGACACCGCAAGCGCACAUACCUCGCCUCCUUUCACGAUGUAUCAUCGAGCCCUAGCAAACGAUUCCGACUUUCCCCUACGGCACACAAGUCCUUUGGCAGUAAUGGUGUAUGGAAGAACUCGCAUCAACUAACACGAUCGUCUCCCCUCAAGCCCAGGCGGCAACAACACUUUACUACGUCGGGAGGACCCGAUGUCUCCUUUUUCCAGCAGCGUCUGAUGAGUCGUGAGCUGACAUCACCCAAUUUUGCUGCACCUUCCGAUGACGAUGACGAUCUUUUGCCCAUCCACUCAUUCAACCCUACCAAUAUCCGCUCUUCUCCUCCACGCACACCACCUAUGCGCACCAGGUCUGUUAGCAAGCGGAACAAGGGCGAAAACGGUGCAGGGACCAAUGGCAAAACUGGUGAGGAGGGAGCAGAUUUACUUCUCUACCUCGCUGCUUCGCCAUCACCAGCUGUCAGAACUUCAACUCGAACACGAAUGGAGCCCCCAUCAACCCCUCCCCAGAAGAACAAGCAGAUGGAUCUACCUUCUUCGAUGAUGAUGACGCCUGGUGGGGGUAACCUCUUCCCAACCACCCCCAGUCAAGCUUUCGACUUUGCCGAAUUUGUCAAUAUCACACCCAGCCCAGCACAAAAGCCCUUCAAGACACCAAUCUCAAUUACGACAACUAGGACACCCGUGAGCGGUACCCAAAGGCGGCUCACGUUCGACUGAGCGUCGGUAUGAAGGGUUGGGGAAAUGGUGUGAAUAUGAUCCGAGUUCUUUGUGGACAUGAUACCAUGACAGCACUUGUUGUGACACUCACGCAUGCACUUUUUUUUUCACUAUUUGGAAUUGGCCUCGAUUAUUCGUGGCGUACAGUAACACCACUGUACAUGUCUGGGUUUCCCAUUAUUUGCGACGGCGUUAUAGAAUAAACGGCAAUGGCAUGAAAGAAGGUCUUUCAAGGGAGGUUAUCGAAGACCACGUCUCGUACCAAGCGAGACCAGGAGGAUAGUUUUUUUUCUUUCAGCGGUUGGUUUCUCUUAUCUUGUUUGAGGUGAAGAAUUGUUAAAAACAGAUUACAUUAUGGGCCGGUUCAGGAGAAUAGGGGGCACUGCCUGGAUGGAUUGAUGGAACGGCUUAUGGACAAUGUGACUAUCAUCUUACUUUACUACUAGUACCUAACUAUUUCGAGUUCAAAAUUCACAUUAUUACUGAGUCGUUC